AUGAUCACACCCAAUUCCAUCAUCGAUCUCGCUACCCUCACAUUCCUCUUAAUCCUCAUUUUCAUCUCCAUCUUCUCCAUCUCCUUCAUCUUCCAUUUCCGUCUCAAGACCCUCAACUCUUCCCAACACCUGCGGGACUUCAAUUCUUUGUGGCCCACCCGCAUACUCCUUGUCUCAUUCGUGCUUCUGUGGUCCCUUAGCGAACUCCUCCGCCUCUCCCUCCCUUCCAAGGUCCUCACCCUCCCACAACAGCAGUCCCUCUGCAAGGCCUACAUCGUCGCUUCUCAGGGUAUCUUCCAACCCGCUUUCUUCCUCACUCUCCUAUUCCUCGUCAGCGUCUCCCUCCACUGUUCCAAUUACCAUAAUACCCUCCCCAAGGCCCUCUCCACCAUCCUCCUUACCUGCCUCCCCGUCCUCUUCCUCCAGGUCUUUUUCGUCUUUUUCUCCUCCAGGGUUUCGAUCUUCCGAAACUUGCCCGAAAUCUUCAGGAGGGAUUCGGUAGUCCUGCGGAGGGCGGGACACACGGACAGGAUAUUCUGUGCCUACCCGCUCUUCAGUACGGUGGUCCUCAGCGGGUUCGGCGGGGGGUUCUUGACCUGGUUCCUGGUGGUCUGCUGGAGGGCGGUGUCGCUCGUGAUCAACAAGACGCUGAGGGUUCGGAUCUUCGGGCUAGCAUUUUCAGUGGCCUUCUUCGUGCCGGCGCAGGCAGUGUGCCUCGCGCUCUCGGUGUGGUGGAAGCCGGGUGACGCGGUAUUCGAGGUACUCUCGUUCGUGGGGUUUCUCAGCGUGCUGGUGUGCGCCGUGGUGGGGGAGGGUAUUUUGGUCAUCCGGCCCAUGGCCGACGCGCUGGUGGUUGAAGGGACGUUGCUGGGCGCUACGUCUUCAGGGAAGUUCAGGGCGGUAUGCUGA